AUGGUGGCCUCGCUCCCUAAGAAGAAGUGCGGUGUUCUCGGCGCCACUGGCUCUGUUGGCCAGCGCUUCAUUCUCCUCCUGGCUGAUCACCCCUUCCUGGAGCUUCACGCCGUGGGUGCCUCCGAGCGCAAUGCUGGCAAGAAGUACAAGGAUGCCGUGCGCUGGAAGCAGGCAUCCUCAAUGUCUGAAAAGCUCAGCAACCUCGUUCUGCGCGAGUGCCGCGCCGCUCAGUUUAGUGACUGUGACCUGGUCUUCUCCGGACUGAACAGCGACAUCGCCGGCGAGACUGAGAUGGAAUUCAUCAAGGCAGAGAUUCCUGUCUUCUCCAACGCGAAGAACUACCGCAAGGACCCCAUCGUCCCUCUAGUGGUGCCCACCGUGAACCCUGCUCACUUGGACCUCAUCCCUCACCAGCGCAAGCACUUCGGUCUGAAGAAGGGCUUCCUGGUCUGCAACUCCAACUGCGCCGUCAUUGGUAUUGUCAUUCCUUUCGCCGCCCUCCAGGCCAAGUUUGGACCCGUUGAGGAGGUGGAGGUCUUCACUGAGCAGGCAAUCUCUGGUGCUGGCUACCCUGGUGUGCCCAGCAUGGACAUUGUCGACAACGUCAUCCCCUACAUCAGUGGUGAGGAGGACAAGUUGGAGAAUGAGGCCCAGAAGAUCCUCGGUGACCUCAACUCCGAUGCUACUGCUUUCAACGAGCAGACCGGUCUGCGCAUCGGUGCCACCUGCACUCGUGUCGGUGUCACUGACGGCCACAUGGCCUUCGUGUCGCUGCGCUUCAGGAACCGCCCUGCCCCCAGUGCUGAGCAAGUCAUGCAGGCCCUGCGGGAGUAUCAGUCCGAGGCUCAGAAGCUCGGCGCUCCCUCCGCUCCGGAGAACGCCAUUAAGGUGUUCGACGAGCCCGACCGUCCCCAGCCCCGCUUGGACCGUGAUAUCUCCAAGGGAUACACGGUGAGCGUUGGACGUGUUCGCGAGGGACAGGAGGGUGGCUACUUCGAUAUUCGUUUCGCGGCCCUAUCUCACAACACCGUCAUCGGUGCGGCCGGUUCGUCCAUCCUGAACGCCGAGGUUGCGGUCAUCAAGGGAUACAUUUAA